AUGACUACCCUGAUACCGCGGCAGUUCUAUUCGCAGGAAGAGCUCGAUAAGCUUUAUCCAAAAGAGCUUGAACUACAGCUCGUACAAAUCCUACUUCGCCAUGGCGAAAGAAGUCCUGUAUCACCUCGCUUUCAGAAUACUGGAUUGCCACCCUACUGGCCAUACUGCAAUUCCGCCCGACAACUCACUAGUAUAAUCCUGAAUACCAAGGACUUUUCGAAAUGGGAUCAGCUCAAAUACCGACGCCGCCUCGAAACCUUUGGCAUGGAUGAUGGCCCUGUUAUCGCAUCUGGCCCUCAGGGCGAGUUUGAUGCCAUAUGCCAGCCUGGUGAACUAACUGAUAAGGGCCGUGAGACAACUCUAGCCCUAGGAGAGCGCCUCCGCCAUCUCUACGUCAACCAACUAAAGUUCAUGCCUCAGCUCAUUUCAGAUAGCGAUAUGAUCUACCUGCGCGCGACGCCUAUUCCACGUGCCCUGGAGUCUGUUCAACAAGCCUUCUGGGGCUUCUAUCCACCAUCAGCACGAACUGCUGACUUCCCUCCACCAACCAUCAUUCAAAGAACCCCAGCUGAUGAGACACUCUUUCCCAAUGAUGCUAGCUGUAGGCGCUUUGCUCAACUAAGUCGAGCAUUCGCGCAACGCGCUGCUGAGCGUUGGAACGACACAGACGACAUGCGUUACCUCACCAAGGUCCUCUCUAAGUGGAUGCCUGAGCAGCAAAAGGUAGCCGUGGACUCUCACCCUCGACUCUCAGGUAUAAUGGACACCCUCAAUGCCACAGAUGCACAUGGACCCGAAACCAAACUACCAAAAGAGUUCUAUGACCCCAAGGCUCGCUCAAUCAUUGACAAGAUUGCGGUUGAAGAGUGGUACCAAGGCUACAAUGAGUCCUCCGAGUAUCGAAUGCUCGGCAUUGGUGGCUUGAUGGGUGAUAUCACCUCGCGAAUGGUCGGCAGCGUCGAACGCAAUGGGAACUCUGGCAUUGUAGAAGUUGGAGGCGUAGACGGCAAGUUAGGCAAGGGACGAGGCGGCGAAACCAACAUCCGCUUUGCUAUGUCCGGAUGCCACGACACGACACUAGCCGGUGUUCUAACAUCUCUCGGCGCUUUUGACGGCGAGAAGUGGCCCCCAUUUACAUCUCACAUCGCCGUUGAAAUGUUUAGAAAGCGAAAAUCUGCCGGCAUUGAGCAAGCACCUACUCCUACGGAGCAGAACUCUGCCACCAAGAGUCAAAGCUGGUGGUCCUCCCUCUUCGGCAGCACAAAACUCUCAUCCGACUCUAGUCUCGCACCAGAAGGCAUAGCACGUAAACCCAUCACCGAUCUCACACCCGCCCAACGCGAUCAGCUAAACGACUACUAUGUCCGCCUCCGCUACAAUGACAAGAUCAUGCAGAUUCCUGGCUGCAAAGCUCCUGGUAAGCACUUAGAGGGCGAUACUACCUUCUGCACGCUGGACGCAUUCAAAGCUAUCGUGGAUAAGUAUACACCAAAGAACUGGAAGGCAGCUUGUACGAGUCGGCUUGGUGAGCCGGCUUUCCCCGCAGUGGUCGAGCCGGCCGGUUGUGAGUAG